UAAACUUGCAAGUAGCUCCAACCAAAAAUAAAAAUAAACAUACAUACAAUAAAGAGCUUAAUUAGGAAGAAGGAAGGAAAGGGAAUAAUUAAAAUAAAUAAUAAUAAUAAUAAUAAUAUGAUAAUACUAGUUGAUAUCUAGUAUAUCUAUCUAUCUAGCUCCCCCGGCUUAAAAUGGAAAUCAAGCUAGAAAAGGAAGAAGGAUAUUAUAUAUUAGAGAUGGAUGAGGCGAUGGAGGAGCUAGUGAGAGGGCGUGAGUAUGCCAACAAGCUUGGACAAGUAUUACUACUAGCAGUCAAUCAUGAUGAUGAUGAGUUGGCAAUGGCAGCAACCCCAUUAUUAUUUGCCCAACAUCUUCUAAACAACAUUCUUAACUCAUUUACCAAUACCCUCAUCCUUUUGAAAAAAAAUCAUCAGAUGCAACUUAAAAGGGACUUUUCUUUCAUCACUCCAACUAAAUCUCAUGAAGACAACUCUCAAGAUACUUCCACCCUUGCUGGUAGAGGAUCUUACAAAAGAAGAAAAACUACAGAAACAUGGGAGAAGAUUUCAGAAAGUCCAAUAGAUGAUGGGCAUCAGUGGAGAAAGUAUGGUCAAAAAACAAUCCUCAAUUCCAAAUAUUCAAGGGACUACUAUAGGUGCACUCACAAGUUAGAUCAAAGAUGCGAAGCAACGAAGCAAGUACAGAGAGUUGAAGAGAAGCCUGCCUCCUAUAAAACGACCUAUUACGGCCACCACACUUGCAAAAACACAGAUGAAAUUAUAUUUGAACCUACUACUCCUCCUUCUCACACUAAUUCUUCCUCCGUGUUCCUUAGUUUUAACAACGCAUACCCAACUCCAAACAAACAAGAUUGUCCCUUUUUAUCGUCACAUCAUUUAGUGUUGGAUUGUAAGGAGGAGGAAGUAGUAAUUCCCUCACCCUCCGAGGAUGAAUUACUGUCCUCCCCUUUAGAUAGUACUAGUACCUUAUCAUCAUCGACUAAACUUGAAUCCGAUGAUGAUGAUCAUAAGGAUAUGAUGAUGAUGAUGUAUGGUCUCUUGUAUGAUUCUGUUGAUCAGCUUGACCAUCAUGAUCGUUCCUUUCAUCCUUUUCUUGGCCUUUUAUAGGAUCAAUCAAUUGCAUGCCUAUGUUUUAUAAUUUAUUAAUUUAAUUAGUCUCUCUAAGUUCAUUUUUAUAUAUUCUUGUGAAAGGAUUAUUACCUAUCUAGCUAGUACGAAAUGUUACCAUCUUUUUGUUAUAAACUUGGAAGAUGUUGAUGAGCUUUUGAUAUGUUGUACAAUGACAAGAGAAUAAUAAAAGGAUCGUUUUCUAA